AGUAUUAUGGGAGGAGCUGGGCAAGCUGAUCACUAGUAAAAGAGGCAAUUGGGUUUUGGGAGGGGAUUUCAAUGCAGCAAGAACAGUAGGGGAUAGAGCAGGAUGCAGUGGGAUAACCAGGGAAAUGAGGGAGUUUGACAGCUUUAUCAAUGUCACAGGGCUGGUUGAUCUACCAUUGGUGGAUAGAAAAUACACCUGGCAUAGUGCAAAUGGACAGCAUAGGAGCAGGAUAGAUAGGUUUUUGGUUUCAGAAGAAUGCCUGCAAAAGUGGAAUGACUUAAAACAGUGGGGAUUGGGAAGAUCAGUUUCCGAUCAUUGUCCAUUACUCUUGAAAAAUGAAAAGGUAGAUUGGGGUCCAAAACCUUUUAAGUUUUUUGAUUCUUGGUUGGAACAUCCUAAUUGCAAGGAAGUAAGUAGCAAAGUGUGGAAAUCUGUAGAGGUGAGGGGAUGGAAAGGGUUCAGACUUAAGGAAAAGCUGAGAGAAACAAAAAAAGCCUUGAAGAAAUGGAGUGCUAAUCACAAAGUUGAAGUGGACAGAAGAAUAAUCAAAGCAGAAAGGAUCAUAGCUGAAAUGGAUGAAAAAGAAGAGCACAACCAACUCUCAGAAGUAGAUAUUGAGAAAAGAAGGAAUGGAUUCCUGGAUCUUUGGAAGAACAUGAAGAUUCAAGAGAGCAUGUGGCAGCAAAAAUCCAAAAAGAUGUGGCUGAAGGAGGGGGAUGCAAACUCAAAGUUUUUUCAUAGAAGUGUGAAGGGCAGAUGGAGAAGGAAUGAAAUCAACAGCAUUCAGAUUAGGGGAGUUCAAUGUAGAGGUGUGAAUGAGAUUAAGGAAGGUGUGAUGAAUUACUUCAAGGGGUUAUUCUCGGAAGAAGAGUGGCAGCGACCAAAGCUAGACGGCAUCAGCUUCAAACAGAUAGACAAAGCAGACAAUGAUUUUUUGACGGCCACUUUCUCAGAAGAGGAUAUUAAAAACGCAAUGUGGGAUUGUGACUCAUCUAAGUCCCCUGGGACGGAUGGCUUCAAUUUCAGAGGCUCCAACUCCUCCUUCAUCGCCCUAAUCCCUAAGGUUGAAAACCCUUAUAGAAUCGAAGACUACAGACCUAUAUCACUCAUUGGAGUCAUGUAUAAGAUCCUAGCUAAGCUUCUAGCAAAUCGCCUCAGGAAAGUUCUCGACAAGAUCAUCGGGGAGCAGCAAAUGGCAUUCAUAGAAGGUAGACAGUUGAUGGACGGAGUGGUGAUUGCAAACGAGGUGAUCGAUGAGGCAAAAAGGAAGAGGAAGAAGAUUACUUGGAGAAAUUGGAUAAAGGAGUGCCUACAAUCGAGUAUGAUCUCGAUCCUAGUGAACGGAAGCCCGACACAGCAAUUCCCAGUCAACAAAGGAAUUAGACAAGGCGACCCGCUCUCCCCCUUCCUAUUUCUAUUAGUAGUAGAAGGGCUUAAUGGAUUAAUGCAGUCUGCCAAUGAGAAAAACAUGUACAGAGGAGUAAGGAUUGGAAACGGGAACCUGUUAGUAUCUCACCUCCAAUUCGCAAACGACACUUUGUUUUUUGGAGAGGCUUCGGAAGAAAACAUCCAAGCAAUAAAAAGUAUCAUGAGGACCUUUGAAUUGGUGUCGGGACUGAAAAUCAAUUUUGGCAAGAGUCAGAUAAUGGGGGUCGGGACUGAGGAGGGCUGGAAAGAGAGGAUGGCUUAUAGACUGUGUUGCAAGGAGGGAGAUCUUCCUUUUAAGUAUUUGGGAACUCCAGUUGGAGGGAAUCACAGAAGGAUAGCAAUGUGGCAACCACUGGUGAACUCCUUUAAAAAGAAACUUGCUAGCUGGAAUGGGCAAAACUUAUCGUUGGGAGGCCGAAUCACUCUUUUAAAUUCUGUACUGUCUAGCCUUCCCAUGUACCUAAUGUCAGCCUACAAAAUCCCUAAAGGUAUUUUCUCCUCUUUAGAUAAAAUACACAUGAAUUUUUUAUGGGGAGGGAUGAGGGAGAGGAAAAAAAUCAGUUGGGUCAAUUGGGAGAGGGUAUGCAGGAAAAAGGAGUAUGGAGGUCUAGGAGUGAAGGACUUGAGGAAUUUCAAUAUGGCGUUGUUGGGUAAAUGGUGGGGGAGGUUAGUAAGAGGGGAAGAUGGGCUAUGGAGCAAAGUGAUGUCUAGUAAGUACGGGGAGAAUGGAGGGCAUUGGUUGGAUUGGGUAAGGGAUAGGAGUGGAGGAGGCUCAAUAUGGUGGAGAGACAUCCAAAAUUUAAAUGUUGGAGAUGGGGUGUAUGCAGGUUGGCUUACGGAGGGUUUUAGAAUUAAGGUUGGUGAGGGGAAAAGAGUGAGCUUCUGGUGGGAUGAGUGGUGUGGGGAAAGCUGCUUGGCUAAUAAAUUCCCUAGAUUGUACAUCUUGUCUACAGGCAAAGACAAAGAAUGCUUUCAAAUGGGAAGGGAUCUCAAUGGGACAUGGAGAUGGAACUUGACAUGGAGAAGAACCUUGCAUCAGUGGGAAGACGAGACAGCAAAAGAACUUCAAACCAUGAUCGAGAAAGUGAGAAUAUCCCCAGGGAGCGCAGACAAUUGGGAGUGGAUACACAGCCCCGACGGAAAGUACUCAACAGCAACAGCCUACGCAUUAUUAACAAAUCAAAGGAGGGAAGAGGAGGAAGCAGAAAUGUAUAAAAGCAUAUGGAAUCCUAGCAUUCCAUCUAAAGUAGCAGCUUUCAACUGGAAGGUAUCACUUGAUAGAAUCCCAACCAAGCUAAAUUUGUUGAAACGGGGGGUCAUCAAGGAGGAGGAGGAAAGGAAAUGUGUUCUGUGUGAAGAGGAAGAGGAAGAUUCUAGCCACCUAUUCUUGAAAUGCAAAAUUGUCAAAUGGCUAUGGAGAGCUUUCCCUGGCGGUGGCAGGCGUCUCAACCGUGGUGAAACCUGGCAGAUUAAUGUGGCCACUGGCACAACACAAGCCCGUAUUUGGGCUCGAACCAAUUGCCAAUUUGAUGGCUCUGGAAGAGGCAAAUGCGAGACAGGAGAUUGCCAAGGACUCCUAGAAUGCAAAGCCUAUGGAUCUCCACCCAACACGCUGGCUGAGUACGCCCUUGGCCAGUUUAACAACCUGGACUUCAUUGACAUGUCCAACAUCGACGGGUUUAAUGUUCCCAUGGAGUUCAGUUCCGACUCUCCCCAGUGCAAUCGUGUGAUCAAGUGUACUGCAGACAUCGUGGGACAGUGUCCGGGCCCGUUGAGGGUACCAGGAGGGUGCAAUGGACCUUGUCCAGUGUUCAAGACUGAGGAACACUGUUGCAACUCCGGUAAAUGUGGACCUACAGACUACUCCAGAUUUUUUAAGGAAAGGUGUCCAGAUGUUUACAGCUAUCCUAAAGAUGAUCAAACCAGUGUGUUCACCUGUCCCAAUGGAACUAACUACAAGGUUAUAUUCUGCCCUUGAAAGCAGAUAGCUAGAAGGCUGUACGAGUAGCAAUAUGUGUGGAAAAAUAAAAGCUUGAAAAAUGGCUAUAGUUAGUCAUUUUGAACACAUCUCCUGAUGUAGUGAUGUGCCCUCAUGCUGUUGUUCCAAUAAAUUAAAUAAUUCCAC